AUGUGGAUUCAAUACAUAAUUAACCCUCACGAGACCAGCCGGGGCACCGACUAUCACAUCAGCUUUUCAGCCAGAGGACUGCCGACGGAGACCCGAAAAGUACCGUUUGAACAGAUAACAAAGCAUAUGCGCAUCUGGAACAGAUGGGUAAAGGCCGACUCUGCCGAUCGCGAGAAGGAUUACAAGAAUAAGUUUGGCCGUUACCUGAAGGCCAAGCUGAAGUAA